GUAAUUUCCUACUUGAGCUGCUGUGGACAAAGCACAUCAAUCAUACGCGAGAAACUGACAAAAAGCAUCUACUCUCGGCUCGACAUGGGUAUAUAGAUUUGAAAAGGAUGGCAAACAGCUGAAAAUAUAGUCAUUUGAAAGGGAAGAGGGAAAAGAGUUGUGCAAUAAAAGAGACAUGGAAAAUACAGAGGAACCAAAAGAAGAUUUGGGGAAAGAUGGCAACCUAACACUUGAUCAUGUUUGUAAUAACAGUAGUUUAGAUAGUAAAUAUGGUCACAAAGACAGGCAAAAUGUUAAUCUUUCCAUUGGACAAAAAAAGGGUGAAAAAUCUUUUUACAAUACGAAACGGUCUGAGCAUUUUAUGCAAGUUGAGUUUGGAGAUUCCUCAGCUUUUGAAAUCAGACAAACCCCUACAGACAACACCACUUCCUCAAAUGAACAGGAAAAUGACAGUGAAAAACAUGGAAAACAGCAGACUCCUGUUAGUCGAGUCAGUGCUAUUGAUAAUAGCCAAAGCAAUGUGUGGGGAAGUGAAAAAGAUAAAGAGUGUCAAGAUGAAGCCGAAAAUACCUCUGCUACUCAGUUUCAAAAAACCAUAAACAAUGACAGAGAGCCAGCAAUAGAGACAAGUAGCAAAAAGAGGACCAUAAAUAUGAUUGUGAGUGACAUCCUGAAAAGUAAAGAAACAGUGGACAAGGAAAAGUCUGAUGAUGUACACAGCAAAGAUGGAUCAGGGAGUGAAGAUACCAGGAGGGAGACUCAACCAAAGAAGAGAAGAAAGGCCAGGAACCCUGUCAACCUAGCAUAUAGUGAAGAUAGUCAAGACAUAGCAGGGGAUUCACUCUUUGACAAGGAUGAUAAUUUCAAUUGUGAGGUUUGUUUAGCAUCAUUUAGCAGACACAUUGACUUGGCAGAGCACUAUAUGCUGCAUAAGGAUGAGGAGGGUUAUACUUACAUGUUCAAUGGAAAGACAUAUGAUACCACUCCAGACCAACAGAGCUUUAUAGAAUCUUAUUUCUACAGCAAAAUGAAGGAAAAAUCAUCUGUUCAUGAAGAUGGACCUGAUGAAUUUUAUCAAAACAUUCCAGUAAAUCAAGACAAUGAUGAAUAUUCAAAUCAGUCAGCCAUGGAAGAGGGAUCAGAAAUGAUCAAAAGUGAAAGUGAAAACCCACUUCAAUGUGACUAUUGUGACAAAGCUUUCAGCAGUACUUUGUUACUUAAGAGACACAUCAGUGUACAUACUGGUGAAAGACCUCACAAGUGUGAUGUCUGUGGAAAGACUUUUAAUCUACCUCAUCAUCUGAAAACUCAUGCUAGAAUCCACACCAAUGUCAGACCUUACAAAUGUGAUGUCUGUGGCCGAGCCUUCAAUGAAAGUUCCAGUCUUAAAAGACAUACCCGAAUCCAUGCAAAAGAAAGGCCCUAUAUUUAUAUUUGUGAUGUAUGUGGAAAAACUUUCAAUGAACCUCAUAAUCUAAGGACCCAUCUCAGAAUUCAUUCCGAUGUUAAACCUUACACAUGUGGAGUGUGUAAAAAAGCAUUCAUUCGUCAGCAGACUCUGAAAAAUCACAUGCGUAUUCAUACAGAUGAGAGACCGUACAAGUGUGAAGUUUGUGAAAAAGCAUUCAAAGAGCUACACCACUUAAAAAUUCAUGUCCGCAUCCACACAGAUAUACGGCCGUACAAGUGUGACAUUUGUGAAAAGACUUUCAAUGAAAGGUCAAGUUUGAAAAGACAUAUCCGGAUUCACACUGGAGAGAAACCAUAUAAAUGUUCCUUGUGUGACAAGGCAUUUAAUCACAAUGAGAGUUUGAAAAUUCAUCUACGACAUCACACAGGUGAAAGGCCAUUCAGGUGUGACAUCUGUGAUAAAACCUUUACAGACCCCAAAAAUUACAAAAGCCACCAGAAAACUCAUUCAAGCAAGUUGAAAUUCAAGUGUGAGUCCUGUGACAAGUCUUUUUCAGAGGAAGCUAGAAUGUGGCAACAUAUGAGAAUCCACAGUGGAGAUCUCCCAUUCAAGUGCAUGAUUUGUGGUAAAACUUUCAACCAAAGCUCCAGUCUGAAGCGGCAUUUGAAAACGCUGCAUCCGGGUAUAAACUUAUCAGACAAAAGUCUGUUUCCUUCAAUUCCAGUUGAGUCAGAUGAAGACGAGGAUUUGGAUGAAGAAGACAUUGCAGAUGUUGUAAAUGAACCUCCUGAAACCUCCGCAACAUUUCCUGUUGGUGUAGAGAAAGCCUGAAACCUUGUGGGUUUUUUUUUACCUCAUGUCAAUUCCAUACUUGUGAAAAUUCAAAACUUAAGGUGCAAUCAUCCUCUAUAAUUCCACAAUGUUCACCUUUUUUCUUAAGGAAUCUAAAAUUAUGUUUAAAAUGCAAAGUUUAAUUUGAAAGAAAUAAUUUGUUUUAUCUUGAAAUCUUUGUAAAAUAGAUAGUUAUUUUCCAAUUGGGAGUUAUCACUCUUUUAAGAGGAUCAUUUCACCUUAAUUUUUAGAAGGUUGUGAAACAUUGUAGUUUUUCACAUUUAUCCUUAAUACAUAUUUUAUACCAUGAUUCAUGUAGUAAUCUGUUACAUUACUGCUGCAGUUUAUAGAAAAUUCCUUUUUGUCUUCAACACUAUUUAAUGGUCAGAAAAUGAAGAUGGAAAUGACAUUAUAAAUCAGUUGAUACAGAGUUUCACCUGAUACGCCAUCUAGUGUAACUUGUGUAAAGUGAUUUUAUAGUUUUAGUUUUUUCAUAUGUUUGUAAAAUUUUACAUUACUGUGUAUUGAAUUAAAUGUGCUUAGUCAAAAGUUUUAGUAAAAAAGUGCUGAAUGAUUUCAAAAGUGGUGCAAACAUGUUACAUGUUUAAAAAACAUGUAUCGGUAGUAUAGGACUAUAUGAUAGAAUCAAAUAUAAAACAUGAUUUUUUAUUACCACUGGAAUUAUUUUUUAUAGACAAAUCUCUUGCCAACAUUUUCUUCUCUUUUUCUGAAUGUUGAAGAAAAAGACGCACUAAAACAGUAGUAAAAACUUAACAUGGCUUAAUUAUAAUACGGUAUAUGUAAUCCUCCAGAAUUUUAAUUUUCCUUGAUAAAAUUAUUGCUUGUUAAAUUUUGGGGAAACUAAAAUUUUCAGAGAUAGAAGAUGUACACCUUGUUUUAGUUUUUAUGAAUCUAUAACAUUUAUGUCAAGUUUUAAAUUGUAUUUUUGAUAAAUUUCUGUCUAUUAUCAAUGAAGGGUGUUAAUGUAUGCAGAUACCGGGUAUGUAGUCAGCAUAUUAAUUAUUACCGGGUAUAUGCAUGUGAUAAAACAUUCAUACAUGCAAAGCAUCAAGUGAAUUUCUAUAUGGCAUCUACCGGUAAUGCUAAACAAAUGUGUUUAGGUAUAAAGAACAAUUUUUUUCUUCAUGUUAUCAAUUUGAUCAUCUUCAAAGGAGUUAGAUGAUCCACACCUUUAUUCUUUUCUUGGAGUCAAUGAAAUGUAAACAUGAUUAGAUUGUCACCCUCUCUUAGUGAAGAUCAGGUGUACAUAGCUCUUCUUACCUCAUGAGAACUAAUACUCAAUCUGACUUUUGAAGGAGUUUUAGAUUUUAGUACAAUUUAAGGUGGUAUGGGACACCUCCAUUUUGUGACAUACAAUUUAUCGAAAUAAACAAUAAAAUCAAGAUUAAUUUUAUAAAUUGCUUCUUUCCCUUAAUUGUCACCUAGCAGCAUAGUGCUGGGGGUUAGAGGUUUCACUACGAAUUUGUAAGUGAUGAGUUUGAAUAUCGCUGGGUUUUUUUUUUAAAUUUACCUAAAUUUUACCUUUCCAAAAAUUUUUAAAACAUAGUUUUUUGGUGAAAAAAAAAAUGUGUAAAAUUUGAAAAUUCUCAAUUGGUGAAAGUAUUUUAAUUAUAAUGUAGUGUACUUUAAUGCACAUUAAAAUCGACAGAUGUCCCAUACCACCAGACCUUAAGUAGCAAAACAUUUCUUAUCAUCAUGGGAAGUAAUCAACAUAAAAAAUAAAACGGAGCCGUUAAAUAUGAAUGCAAAUACUUUGAUUUAACAACAUGGAUAUGUGAUUGUUUCAUUGACCUGCACUUUACCAACAAGUACCAUUAGAUUUUUGACGGGGAAGAGAAUUUUAAAAAAAAUGGUAUUGUUUAUUGUAUAAAUGAACUAGUUUAGGCUGAACACAACUUUCCAUUUGUUCAUAUGAGUACAUAUAAAUGUAAUUGUAAUUUUUUUGUAUGUAAUCAAGUACUGUAGUUUGGAAUUUCCAUUUGAAUUCCACUAACUGUCAAAAUGGCGAUAUCUAUGUUGUUAAAUGUAUUUGGUUGUAAAUUUUGGAGUAAAUCUUUAUGAAAGAU